CUUUUAUAGGUUAUGUUUGUGCUUUCGUGUUGUGCAUAUCUGGUUGAGGUUCUUUUUUCUACGUUUUCCGAUCGAUGUUUUCAUUCUCGCGUCAUUUGUUGUCGUUGUAGUUGCUUCGUUUUGUAUCUCAUCAUAGUUUCUCAAAUUUCUGCGAGUUUAAUAGUGAACAUAAUCGAAAAGUUGCUAGUGGUAAGUGGAUCGAAAUGGCUGCGCUAGAUUCCUUGGCUGGCACUUACACUGACUCAGAAGGCGAAGAAGAAUUUCAUGAAUCAGACCGCAGACACUCAAGUGAGAAUAAAGCUAACAAUGAAACUAAAGAACCAGAAUCACCUCCAUCACCACCUAGACCAAAAAAGACAACAGAGACUGGCAACAAAGUUCUGUCCCGACUUGUAUCGUACGGCCACGAUGAUGUAGUAGCAUCAGAUGACGAAAUGGAUAUAUCAGAGGAUCCCAGUAAAACCUCAAUCGAUGAAAGCACUUUGAACGAUACCAAAGACGAUGAUGUUCAGUUGCCACCUGAACCACCAGGACGGUGCUCGAAAGAGCUUCAAGACAAAAUUAUCAAAUAUCUUGACUUAAUGAAAACAAAGAGGAUUGACACCAACAAAAUGAUCCAAAGCAGGAAAGACUUCCGCAACCCAAGCAUUUAUGAGAAGUUAAUUCAGUUUUGUGGUAUUAAUGAACUUGGUACGAAUUAUCCUCCUUCACUCUAUGAUCCAGGAAAGUGGGGGAAAGAAUCCUAUUAUGACGAGUUGCUGAAAGCUCAAACUGCUGAAAUAGAAAAAAGGGCGAAGAAGAAGGCCAAGGUUGAAAUAUUUACUGGAACAGCAAAGCGUCCAGCUCCCACGAUUGUGACAUCCUCUGAUGAAAUCAAAUUGAAGAAAUUAGGAUAGUUAUUCACUUCCGGCUAAUUAAUCAUUGGAAGCACUCUCUGUGAUAUUUGACCGUGAAGCACCGAUGAAAUUAUUUCAUUUCUUUCGACAUUCACUUAUAUCGACAGUGAGCCUCUAAAAGCUCUCAAAGGCUCUUUUUUGCAAGGCCUUUGAUGAAAAUUUUAAGCUUUGACCACGAGGAAGAAAUUCUUCAAUGGUCAACUUUAAAGAUUCAAUGGAUUCCAAGUUCUUAGAUGUAGGAAACCAACUUAUUGCGGGAAAUUGUUGAAAUUUUACCACAUAUCUGUCGCGGUUGGUCCUGCAAACAUUUUGAAGGAUCAUCUAUUUUUGAACGGGUCAGUCUCAGUUGCGCUGGUCACAGAAUCUCGUUUUGAAGGUCCAAAGUUAUGGAUCAGCAAAAAAUAAUAACAUCGGUCUAAACGUUUAGUCUCCAUGUCUAACAUUAACAAAGAUAUCCAUCUCGUAACCCGUAUGACGUCAUCUAUCAAGAUAGAACAUACCGCACGGUUCCUUCCACCUUGAUUUCAUCAGUCGGUGAUAAACGCAUUUGCACUGGUUGCUUCUCGUAACCCAUGGAUAAAAUGAAGGUGGGAGAAACUAUAAUAUGCGAUGUUGAUGCCCUCAUGCUGCGUUCCUGGAGGGGUGCGACUUUUUCAUCGUUAUUAUUGAGUGUGGAUACCUGUUCGGGUAGGUCUUACAAUUUUUUCUGAUCUCGCCUGAAAUCAUCAAAACAUGAUUCUAUGACCAGUACAACUGACCUAUUGUAUUUUAAUUAUCGGUCAUUUUGUUUGAUCGAUUGUAAUCCAUAAUUAAAUCUUUAAUCGCAUUUUGUAUUGUAUUCUUCUUGAAGUACUCCAAAUCGAAUGAUACAUGAGUGAAAUCAAGAGUUUUAAAAGAUCACCUAUCUAUCUAGCUGUGUUGUAAAUUAUGUAAGCAAAAUAUUGAAGAUACUUAUUUUUAGCGCUAGAAUAGUCACUAUGUCUUAAAGUAAGAAACAGUAAAAACAAAGAACUGUAAAAUUACUAUAAAUGCUUUAUAUAAGUAUGGUUUUUUGUGCUGUUUAUGACUAUAGCGUAACUAGAAUGGUUCAUAAUGGUCAUUCAUGUGUCUAGUUGCCUAGCUAAUACAUUCUUACUUUGAAUAAUGUACACUACAUUGUCACACAAUCACAAUGAUUUUCAUCUGCUCUCAUCAAAGAUUUUAUAAUAAAUUCAUCUGUCUAGUUUA